AUGUCGACCGAGUGGUCUCUUGACUUUUGCCUCGUCUGUGAUCGCCAGACCUCCGGCGGUCCCUACUGCACACAAUCCUGUCGGCUCGCCGAGAUGGAUCGCACAUCCAACACGGACUCAAAAACAUCCUCUUCCUCUCGCGGCUCCUCGUCGCAUUCGCGAUCGUCCACCGUCGACUCCACGGACACUCGGCCGGGGCGCAGUCUGUCCGCAUCUUCCUCGCAAACGUCUCUGUCCUCGCUCCAAAGUCAAUCCUCCACCACCGCUCUGCCGGGACAAUUACAAAACGAAUUGCGAGACUACGCCAGCAGCUUUGAUCAUGUCCGUGAUUUGAAGCGACGGAUGGCUUCAUCAUGA